AUGUCACUGGGGACGCCCGGGUCACAGGUGCGGCUGCAGACCGCACAUACCCCGGGAGCCACGAUCAUGGGCACGGUCCUCAACAUCGCCCGUCAAGAUGGUCUCCUUGCCUUUUAUCGAGGCGUGGGCCCGCCGCUCCUUGGCGUCGGGGCACUCAACGCCAUCCUCUUCUCGGCUUACGGAGCCACCUCGCGACUCUUAUCCGCAGGUGCCCACCGUGAUAGUCACAGCUACGGCGUUAUCAUGGCCAGUGGCUCAAGCAACUGGGUUCAUAUAUCUGCUUCCCCAGGAACCGUGGCCGGCGGUUUCUGCUCGCUCAUCAGCACCCCGACCGAGUUGCUCAAAUGUCGCGUGCAGCUGGCCCAGCGUGAAGGCCAUGGACAGACGAGCACCUGGCGUGAGCUGGUCAAGAUUUUUCGGACCAAAGGACCACAGGGUGUCUUCAAGGGCACGGGCAUUACCAUGCUGCGCGAUGCGCCUUCCUUCGGUGCCUACUUCAUCAUCUAUGAAUACUUUCGUCGCCUCACUUAUCGACUGGAGGCUGGCCCAGUGGAGGCUUUUGCCGUAGCCAUCUUCAAUGGUGGCAUGGCAGGGGCUCUGUCCUGGCUCACAGUUUAUCCCUUGGAUGUGAUCAAGACGCAUCUGCAAACGCAGGACCUUGAUCGACCACGGUACACUGGUGUAGUCGACUGUGCACGCCAGCUCUAUCGCACGCAUGGCCUACGUGUCUUUGGCAAUGGGCUAGCCUCCUGCCUCCUGCGUGCUUUCCCACUCAAUGGCGUCACCUUCGCCGUCUACGAGCUCUCUAGCAACCUUCUCAAGGACUACUGCAAUAUUUGA